AUGUUGACCUCGGCAUCUCCCCUUCCCACUCCCAGGAUGCUCUGGGCUUUCCUGCUCUUGGCCACCUCUGGGAGUGCUCAGAGUAGAGACUGGGACAGCCCCAGCUGCACCAAGGAUGUGGUUUCUGUGUUCAGGGGCAAGCCAGCCGUGAUGGCCUGCAGCAUCACCAACCCCUUCUCCCACAUCAACAUCUCCCUGCGAACCUACCACGGGGAAAGCUGGCAGCUCGUCUUCAGUGUAAAUGCCCCAGGAAACUUCCGUCAGGAUGGAUGGCAGCUCUGGGUUCAAGGGGGUGAGGCGCACCUGGUGAUUGAAAAAGCCCAGGACACCCAGGCAGGGCAGUACAGGUGGAGUCUUGUCGGGCUCCAGAGAAACUUCAAAACCACCACCCUGAACGUCUCAGGCCCGGAGAUGCUGGUCCCCAAUCUCAGGCCUGACCCCGAAGACAAGAGCCAGGCCCAGGUGGUCCUCCCCGUCCUCGCCCUGGUCGCCCUCUCUGUCCUGCUGGUCUGCUUGCUGGCCUGGUGCAGAAGGUCUGGCUCCCCGAAGUUCUCCAGGCUCCGGCAG